AAGCCAUAAAUUGGACAUUUUAUUCUUAUAGUGUUCGAUUUACCCAUGAACAACAGCUUGUAUAUGCUGUAUGUAGUCUUACAAUAUCGGAAGAUCGAAAUUAAGUAUUAGUAUAUGAGCAGCUGCAAUUCAACACCUUGUUUACGAAUGAUCUCAGUUUAGAGGUUGUUCUAGGUGAACACUGAACGUUAACAAGACUUUAUUCGUUCUCUCAUUUCAUUUGUCGAAGCCAGCUGACAGUGAAUAGCAGGUACUACAUCCAAAACUACAUAAUUUUUAUAAAAAAGAAACUCUUCCGCUGACCUUAACUUCAAUGUCAUACAUUUUGUUUCUUUGAAAAGCGUUUAAAAAUCAUUUCUCGCUAACAACCGUUCGCCACGCAAAUUUUCAUCAGUGCCAUAGCCUUGAUCAGAACUUCAAAAACUGCGGGUUCUGUUUUGUUGAAGUACAGUUGAGAGUCAUCAUUUUCACCUUUAUUAUGGUUACGGACCUCUGCAGAGAUAAACUGCAAGAAUACGAAAUACUUGUUAGUCAUCACAGGAAGUUUAUGUUGUCUUUUUGCGUUCUAACUUUCACGUUUUCUUUCGUUGCAACUCUUGGAAAUCUCCUUGUUAUUCGUGCUCUUUGGAAAGCGUCAUCAUUGCCCAAAAAUUUAAAGAUGCUGUUCAUAAAUCUUGCUGUCUCCGACCUGGCAGUAGGAUCAGUUGUGCACUCGAUGUUGGGUGCAAUUAUCGCAAUCGUCUUGUACAAGGAAGCAAGGGGAAACCACAACCAAACAGUUAACAUGCUUUGCCCAACAACUAUAACUAUCUUUUUGUUCCUGUUGUUAAUUUUGGUCUCCGCUUCGUUCUUCACCAUUAGCGCGAUUGCUAUCGAUAGAUUUCUGGCCAUCUCUCUCCCUCUACGAUAUCAAGGACUCGUCACUUCAAAGCGGGUUUUCUUCGUCUCGAUAAGUGUGUGGUUGAUAGGUUUUGCUAUUGGAGCUGCAUACAUCUCAAUAGCCGCGCGCUAUAACCUUGCAGUGGUUGUAGCCGCUCAACUGUAUGGACUUGUUGUGGCUACUGCAAUUUAUAUCUAUAUCUACAAAAUUGCAAGAUAUCACAAGAAUCAAAUAUUGACCCAAUGCCAGUUGCAAAAUGACCAAGCCAUGAAAGUCCUUCGAGAAAAGAAAUCUGCCAUUAGCGCGUUGCUUGUCUACAUAGUCUUAAUGGUUUGUUAUGUUCCAAACUUGGCCUGUUCAGUUUUACUUUUAAUUGACAAAUUUCAAAUAACAUUUUUGGUCGCCAAUCGUGCCUCCUUGUUUUUGGUUCUUUUAAAUUCCUCUCUAAACCCGCUCAUUUAUUGUUGGCGUUACCGCGAGCUUCGCGAAAUGGUGAGAAAAAUGGUUUGUCAAGUAUUUCGGAUAGGUUCAAACUGAAGCUUGCCUCACGUUUAACAACAGGCAUGUUAUUGAAAUAACGUAAAUUAUUUUUUCUACCCUUCAACUUAACAAAUAUGCACUGUCACUUAGCAGCCUUAUCGUGAUAAAUUACAUGAUUUUCUUUGUUUUGCUAAUUAAGAGAUCUUCAGUCGUGACAGUGCAAUACACACUGUUUUCGCAUUCAUGAAACGACUUGUUCCAGCAUCUUUUUUACCUAUUGGAAAAUGUACUUUGAAUUGCUCAAAAUCAUAAACUGAAAUUAACAUAGAUCUUUUAAUGCUAUUUCCAAAAAUGUUCCUUUAUAUUUAAAUUUUCAUUUCGUUCGUGUUUUCCUACGA